CAAACUCUUGUCCGAGUGCUUUAUUUAGAGACAAAACUGCACAGACAAACCGAAUGAGGUCAGAGGUUUGGGUCGGAGUGAUAAAUUAAACAACGCUGCUAAAUUAUGAAUUUUCGUUGAGGGCGGAGGACCAGGAGCUUCUGUAUCUUUAAUAGUGAAGAGAGAUGGGAGAGGCUGCGCGUUCAUGGUUCCUUUUCUCGCUCCGCAGCCGCGGGCACGCGCAGUGGACCCCGCACUCGUUGGAGAGGGAAAAAGCGCCGACGGACUUGCAGCAGCAACUCACCGGGAAAAAUGUUUCUGCCGCCGUCCUUCAGCAGCGCUGUGCACGAAUGCAAAAACCGUGUGAAAGGACCCGCGAUGUGUGAGGACUCCAGCAUUUUCCACCAUUAAAGUUGUUUUAGAGGACUGUAAACUCCGGGAGUCAUUUAUAAGACACGGGCACUGAAGUUAACAUUGAACAGGUGCAGAAAAUGGCAACAAAGCUCCUGCAGCUCCUUGCCUUGUGGACUGUUGUGAUUGGCAUUGUGCAGUGCUGUCCCGAGCUCUGCAGUUGCCAGGAUAAAUUUUCCCACCAGUUUGCUGACUGUGCUUACAAAGACCUGCUAGUAGUACCUGUUGGCCUCCCUUCCAAUGUCACCACUGUGAGCCUUUCAGCCAAUAAGAUUAAAUUGCUGAAGAGUAAAAGCUUCGUUAAUAUCACUCAGGUUUCCUCUCUCUGGCUGGCUCACAAUGAAAUAGUCACUAUAGAAUCAGGCACUUUGGCCCCCUUGAUUCAGCUUCGCAACUUGGACAUUAGCCACAACAAAAUUGUUAACUUUCCAUGGGAAGAUCUGCGAAACCUCACAGCCCUGCAGCUUCUGAAAAUGAACAACAAUGAGAUGGUGAACCUUCCAAAGGAUGCUUUUUCCACACUCAAAGACCUGAGGUCACUUCGCAUUAACAACAACAAGUUUACCACCAUUGUGGAGGGUACCUUCAGUGCCCUCUCUUCUAUGUCCCAUCUGCAGAUUUACAGCAACCCAUUCACUUGCUCCUGCAGUCUGGAGUGGCUGAGGGAUUGGAUGGCAACAACCAAAAUUUCUGUCCCUGACCCAAAUUUAAUUCAAUGUGAAACCCCUGAACUUCUGAAGGGUGUGAUGGUUGCAAAGAUUCCCAAACUGGACUGUGAAGUCCCUGCUGUCACCAUAACAUAUCAACCAAACGUCGACAACACAGAUCUCUAUGAAGGUGUCUCGGUCAUCUUAAAUUGUGAGACAAAAGGAAGUCCCAAACCACUGGUCACCUGGGAGGUGACAGCAGGAAAUGAAAAUCAUCUGUUCCCCUUGCCCUCCACCGGAGAAAUGAAUGAUUUGCCUGUAAAUGAUAAAACAACCAACAACAGAUUCCAAGUCUUUAGGAAUGGCUCUCUCAUUAUCCCCCGCCUGAGUAAAAAGGAGGACGGAAAUUACAGCUGCUCUGCGGUAAACGAGUUAGGUAAGGCAGAGAGCAGUGUUAAAGUGGCUCUGGCAGGCAAACAAAAACAAAGCAGCAACUCAAUCCCUGAUUCAACUGUGGACAAGAUCCGCCCAUUUGGAAAAAAGCCUGCAGACCCCAAAAUCUCUAAAAACAAUGUGAUCAACUGGGACAAGCACAAUGAAAAAACAAAGGGCAGUCCUGAUGCUUCAAAAGACACACCUGAUGACACAGAGCUUGCUGGAGGGGUUUCUAAGGACUCCAGCUUUGCAAGCAAGUGUGGUGUGAGAGACAGCAGUGAAUACAUUUCUAACCAUGCUUUUAACAUGACUUUGGAAGACCUGAAGCAGUAUACGUUUGAUUUUGGAGUUAUUGCAUUAGAAGUUUCCGAGACUGAGGCCAAAGUGCAGCUGAAUCCACUGCAGCUCCCUAGCAGCAAAUCUAACCUUCAUCUCAGUCAAACUGAAGACCAAGAAACGGUGAACAAAGAGCCUUUGGGUCUGUUACAGUCCUCAUCCAGUAAGACCACACUAGACAUGCUCUACCUCUGUAUAAAUACAGGAAAUGGACACUCAGUGGUUCAGUGGUCCAAUAUAGAGGAAGGGGUUAAUACCUACCGCUUCCAUGGCUUACAACCUGGCACAAAUUACACUCUUUGUCUCACCUAUGGAGGGCAGGACUGUCAAGUCCAAGUAGUCUUUACAACUAGAAAGAAGAUCCCCUCCCUACUUAUCAUCGUGGUUGUCAGCAUUUUCCUAUUGGGUCUGGCCACUGUUCCUUUGUUGGGAGCCACCUGCUGCCAUCUAUUAUACAAGUACCAAGGAAAGACUUACAAGCUGAUCAUGAAAGCUCAGAAUCCGGAUCAGGUGGAGAAACAAAUGACCAGAGAUUUUGAUCCCAGGGCGUCUUUCGUGGAGUCAGAGAAAACCUACAACCCCAGCGAGUUAGGCGAAGGGGAGGGAGAAGCGGAGGGAGAGGAAGGAGACGGAGAAGGUGAGGCUGAGGGGAGCGUGGUGACCGAGUCCAUCCCCGGAUCAUCAUCCAAAACCAACCAGGAGGAGUUUGAGGUGGGAUCCGAAUACAGUGAUAGAUUACCGCUCGGAGCAGAGGCCGUGAACAUCUCGGAGGAAAUAAACGGCAACUACAAGCAGCCGAGCCGCUGAUCUCCACGGAUCUCCUACGAGAAUUUUGUAAAAAAGUUUACUUUUAAGUAGCCUACAUUUAAGCAGGUAACUCACGUAUCAUUGCCACACAUAAAAAACGAUGGCGUAUGAUUUCAAAGAAAGGCCAGUCAUUAAUCUUUGUUUUUUUUUUUUUUUUUACCUCAGAAAGUCCUCCUCUAAUCAGAAAGAUUGUGAAGUCAUGUUACAUUUGUAGUCUAUUGUGGGAUUUAAAAAAUAGACUGCACGGCACAAGCAUAAAUUUAAUCAGUUCAUCAGACUUCAAAACUAACCGGAAAGCAGCAAAAUGAUCCCUUUCUGUAGGUCACACGCACAUGGGCAGGCGCGAAAAAUGUGCAAAUGCAAGGCACAGAGAGUUAAUUGCAGGGCGUAUUAAUGGAAAAUAUACAUUUUUUAACCACAGUUUUGGGGAGCACAAAAACACGCAAAAAUGUGCCAUAUUUUAUAAAACGAUCUUUAUUUAAACAUGCAUCAGGGACCAAUUUCUUUCUCUCGGUGCAAGGCUCUGGGAGAGCCAUUUACCAUCCUCUCAGGUGUCGGAACUUCAGCUCCACUUGACUUAUGCACAGAACUAAUCCCGCAUUUGGUGUAACAAAGUAUUACGAUGAGUGAUAGGGAUAGGAAAAGGCUGCGGACGUUCUGACUUUCGCACUGUCAGUGCGCACACAGGGGCGCUUAUACCCGCUGCCCUGAGUCCAAAAGGGAGAUUGUGCUUUCAGUUGUGUUUAACAGAAAAAAAUUCCGGGUUAUUCACCAACAACAUGUUGUUCCACGUAAUGUUAGACUUUAAAAAUGUGCGACUUUGACCUCUUAAUCAACGGCUACCUGCUGUACUCUCGCUUUUUACAAUGAACGUGUCUAUGGCAUGUCACACGUAUUUCCUUGUGUGUGUUUUCGUAGUGUAGUCUGUAGGACUUUAGAUGUGACUGUCUUUACCUGUGAUGUAAAGCCAAGUAUGUUGAAAUAUUCUUUUUUUUACGACCGUUUCAGUGAAGUCGCACGAAAAAGUGGCGCAGUGGGCGUCUGGCGGCUUCACUCUUGUAAUUUGAUGCAUAUAGUGAGUUUUUUGUGAACCAUGUAAAACGGAAAAGUGAUCUUUUGAGAUUUUUGAUAUAAUUUUAUGUAAGUGGAAUUAAUAAAACGUAUUAAACUUAA